AUGGCGUCCAGCUAUGCCCACGCCAUGGAGAGGCAGGCCCUGCUGCCCGCCCGCCUCGACGGCCCCGCCGGCCUGGACAAUUUACAAGCCAAGAAGAACUUCUCCGUGAGUCACCUGCUGGACCUGGAGGAGGCGGGCGACAUGGUGGCCGCCCAGGCGGAGGAGGGCGGCGGCGAGCCCGGCCGGAGCUUGUUGGAGUCCCCCGGGCUGACCAGCGGCAGCGACACCCCGCAGCAGGACAAUGAUCAGCUGAACUCAGAAGAGAAGAAGAAAAGAAAGCAGAGGAGGAACAGGACUACCUUCAACAGCAGCCAGCUGCAGGCACUAGAGAGGGUCUUUGAGAGGACUCACUACCCCGAUGCCUUCGUACGGGAAGACCUUGCACGCAGAGUCAACCUCACUGAGGCCAGAGUUCAGGUGUGGUUCCAGAACAGGAGAGCCAAGUUCCGCCGGAACGAGCGCGCCAUGCUGGCCAGCAAGAACGCCUCGCUGCUCAAAUCCUACUCCGGGGACGUGGCGGCCGUGGAGCAGCCCAUCGUACCCCGGCCGGCCCCCAGGGCCACCGACUACCUGUCCUGGGGCACUGCCUCGCCCUACAGUGCCAUGGCCACCUACUCUGCCACGUGUACCAACGCCAGCCCAGCACAGGGCAUGAACAUGGCCAACAGUAUUGCCAACCUGAGACUGAAGGCUAAGGAAUAUAGUUUACAGAGGAAUCAGGUGCCCACAGUCAAUUAACAGCUGGGGGCAGCUGCCUUGCAGGAGAAGACACAACAGCACCCGUCCUGCUUUGCAACUGUCUGUGCUGAAAGA